AUGGCGGUGCUGCAGGACUGGUGCAGGUGGCUGGGCGUCAGCGCUCACAGAGGCCUGCUCAUCCUGGGCAUCCUGGAGGACUGUGAGGAGGCCGAACUCCAAGAGUGUCUGGAACCCUCCCGGGCCUAUGAGCACUUCACCAUACUGGGCAGAACGUUUCGAGAGGAAGACAGCGCCACUGUGGCCCUGGUUAAGCUUGACUGGAAAAUCGACUAUGCACUGGUCCCCAGGGAAAUCCCGGGAACAGGGGGCCCCUGGAAGCUGUUAUUCGUGCCCCCUUGCCCAGGUGAGGAGUUUCUCCGCAGCACGUUCCACUUCCUGGAGCAACAGAGGCAGACAGUGGAGAGUGUGGCCGGUGCCCUGUGUUUGGGUCUCCACAGGGUAUGCUGGCUCCGGGCCCUCAGCCAGGCAGUGCAGCCCUGGGUGGAGACCCUGAGAUAGCAGCACCUGGGUGUGUUUUCCAGAAGGAACCAUCCAGCCCCAGGGGAGGAGUCUUUCGAGGCCUGGUUGGACCACACCACUGACAUGCUGCAGGUGUGGCAGGGGGCCUCAGUGAGGGAGAGGAGGAGGAGGCUGAUGGAAGGCCUUUGCGGGACUGCCCUGCAGCUGGCGCUAGGGCUCCUGGCUGAGAACCCAGCCAGGAUGGUCCAGGACUGCCUGGCCACCCAUCCGGUAUUUGGAGAAAAAGAGUCCCAGGCCAGCAUCCGGGUGAAGUGUCUGGCCGCUCAGCAGCAGUCAGGCAAACAGCUGUCGGCUUUCGUGUUGCAACUGGAAGACCUGCUGCAGAAAGCCGUAGAGAAGGGGGCCCUAGACAGAGCCUCCGCUGACCAGGUGCACCUGAGUCAGGUGCCCGCCAAGACCAACCUCAUUGAGCCUCUGGAUGAAGCACUGAGGAGGCUCAGAGUGGUUGGGAGGCCACUGAGCUUCCUGCAGAUGCUGGGGCUCAUUCGAGAGUCCGAGGCAUGGGAGGACAGUCUAGCCAGGAGCGUGAGAGUCCAGGUGCCAGAAGGAGCUGGUGCCCGGGUUCACGCCCAGGCCGAGGCCUGGCUCCUCCCCAGAGACCCCGAGCCCAGUCCCAGGAGGCAGCAGGAAAGACAGCCGAGGGCGCAGCUGACCAAUGCUCCCUCUGUGAUGGUGACCGCGAUGGUGGCAGAGGAGGAAGAACUGAACCGGCGAUGGACUGGGGGCUGCGUGAGGUUCCACGGGGACUGUGCUCUGAUGUUGUCCCCCUGA